AAUAAUUAAUGUGUGCAGAGGAGGAGACUUCUUGAAGUGUGAAGUAUGAUCAUCAGCUUCACUCGUCAUGCACUGGUCCCUUCUGGCCUGGCGAGGACUAAAGGAGUGGAGAGAGGCUUUUUGGAGGUUGAAGAGAUGUCCUUUAAAACUGACCUUGCAAAGUGUGGGGAGUAGCCUUGAGAUUCACCAGGGACUGAUGCAGGAAUUGCUGGUUCACAGGAGGAGCAUGGCUCUGAGAGCAUGUGGCUUGAUAAUCUACAGGAGGCUACAGCCAGGAUGCCCUUCUUCUAAAGCUGGCAACAAUAUUGAAUACCUCCUUCUGCAGACAUCAUACGGGACUCACCACUGGACCCCACCAAAAGGCCACGUGGACCCAGGGGAAGAUGAUCUGGAGACAGCCAUGCGGGAGACGCAAGAAGAGGCCGGACUUGAUUCCAGGCAGAUCACUCUCGUCGAAGGAUUUAAGAAAGAGCUGCAGUACACCGUCAGGGACAAGCCCAAAACCGUUAUCUACUGGCUGGCAGAAAUAAAGGACCACAACACAGAAAUCAAGCUCUCGGAUGAGCACCAGGAUUUCCGCUGGCUGAACCUGGAGGAAGCCUGCAAACUCGCUCAGUAUAAGGACAUGCAGGCAGUGCUUAGAGAUGCACAACAGUUUCUCUCUUCGAAGGCUUAAAAGCUUGCAUGGAGGAAGAAGGGGAUCUUGCAGGAGAGUUGGGAGCUGGUUUAAUUGAGACCUGAAACACAGUUUUCCUCAAAGUGAAUUUGAUUUACUUAAUCUGAGUUAUUCUGGAGCUGGUACUCUUGCGUCCUGUAGCUCGUGCAGAGAGGCAGAAGGUGUAGUUGUAACAAGGGGCAGAGAUGUCUGUGUUUAAAGCCUGACACGGACAAUGAACCUUGCCGGGCAAGUUUGCAGAAGUGUUGAGCAACCUCAGACUUCCUUAGAAAACCAGACAUGUGAUCUCCUGCAUGACUGCCAUUAGGACUUGUGAAGUGCGAUGCCCGAAUGAUGUGAAAAAUGAGCAUAUGGAGACUUGUCAUAAUAAAACACAAAUUGCAAAA